AUGUCAGAUGACAUGUCUGAAGAAAAGAAGGUCUUGUUUGGAGAGAUCCAACAAAAAUGGAAGGACGGCAUGUUCAACAGCGACUGGACAGUAUAUGCGGCAGAACGGUCAGCACUAUCAUCUGUCAAAACAAGCAUCUCCAUCCAGAAAGACUUCAAUAGUGAAGUUUUGUCUCACUGCACUAAGAAGCAGAAAUAUGACCCAUCGAUGCCAAAUAAACCAGUGAUCAGGGUCGACAUGGAAGGAUUGUCA